GCUCAAAGACACUCCAACUCUUAAUGUCAAAACGGAAGUAAUGCACGAAAGCAACAUGUGGAUGACGGAUAUGGAAUCAAUAUCAAAUCAAAUCAAAACGAAAACGAACUCCUCCUGAACUAUAAGUUCAAAUCUUCCGGUCCAGGCUCGCGUUUUGUUCGUGCUUAAUCCUGAUGACACAAGGAUAACAGAUCCAGUAGUGUUAGAAACCAAAAUGCUCUUGUACCUCGGUAUUUUAUUCGUACGAAAGAAAACGAAGAUCUCGAUCUCCAACGGACAAAGUAAUUGGCCAUCAGGCUCGCACUUUUUUUUGCGAUCCAUUGUUUGAGUUUUCUCGUUUGACAAAUUUGAACCGCAGCGACCGAGACCGUGUGGGACCUUUAUAUUUUUUCCGAUCACAGCACCCCUUCAUACUCGAACUUUUUCGAAGUGAUAUAUGGCAGAGAGCAGUGUCGCGACGCAUCAAGCACUCUUAGCUGCUUUUUGACACGCUUUGGUUUAUUGCGAUAAUUUCUUGAAAAGAAAUAAAGUGUACGGUAACCCCACCCCUAACGCUAACGACGCGAAAGGACUACCUGAAAACAUGUUGUCUUGGCUUCUCGGGAGAGAUUCGACUGCCGCUGACAGCGGCUCUGACACCGAAGACGAACAGGAUACUGCUGGAAGCCGGGCUUUCGUGCAAAUCCUCCCGCUAACAAAUGGCGAAGCGGAGUUUGAAGAAAAAGCCGAAAAAAGCGACCUCGCGGUUCUGAUACUCUGGACGGCCAACUGCGCGGCUGGCGCGAGAGCGCAGUGCGAGAGCGUGGUUUCCAGACUACCGAGGAAAAGUUCUGCUGCAGCUAGUACAGCAUCAACUUCAAAGAGUAGAAAUAUACGCAGGACAACUCUGUCGGCGUUUUCUCUAAAGCUUUCUUCCGAGAAGGAAUUGGACUGGGUGCAGAAAAAGGUGAAAGCCCGAAUCACUCACCUCCCCGCUGUCGUGUUCCUCGAAAGAGGUGGACCAGGAGGUAGUAGUACGACGGGUCGUGCAGCGGCUUCGUUUCAGGAGCAAUCUGGUGGGGGAUUGGUCACGGGGGCAAACGUUCCGCAGAUCAUUCUGCAUGCGGAGGCGUUGGGGCACGUGUUUUAUUCAACAUCUUUAUCAUCCAGCAGCAACAAAACCAGUUUCUUUUUUCCCUCUUCCCGAGCAGCAGCUAACGAUAAACCCUCCUCGACUAGAACGGUGACAAACCCCAGGUAUCCCCGAGAAAAGUUGGAACUGGCAGAAGUUACUUCCCCAACUACCCCAGGAGCCGCCGCAGGUUCCACGCUAUCUGCAGGGGGAUCCACCUCUAGCAGCUCCCGCACCACGGGAGAUCCGGCUUUAGACACGCGGUGCGCUGCGGAGAUUUCCAAGGAGAAAGUUGUCUUAUUCAUGAAGGGCAACAAGGACCAGCCGAAGUGCGGGUUUUCGAAGAAGGCGGUGGCACUGCUGAACGAUCUCAUCGGAGAAAAAGCCUACGCGACCUUCGAUAUCCUACAAGACGAGGAGAUUAGGCAGGUACAACAAUAUGUUUGAUGUUACAGUACAUAGCCUUUCGAAAGAUAGCACAACUUACCGCGAGGACACCAAAUAGAAAUACGAGUUCAGUCUGUGUUUGUCGUGGUUAAUACUCAGGAUUUUUUUGAAAGAAAAAAUUGAUCGUAUCUCCAUACCUUGAUGUCUUCUCAUCUACUGGUACUGCCAUGGUCCGGGCCAGUACUUCUAACCAAACCAAAAACUCUCCAUAUCCCCACCAGGGCCUGAAGAAAUAUUCUGCGUGGCCGACGUACCCGCAGCUUUACGUUCAUGCGGAACUGCAGGGUGGUUUAGACGUCAUGAAGGAAAUGGCUGACGACGGGUCGUUAAUGGAGCUCCUCAAAACUUCUACCCCCGAAGAAGAUGAAAAUAAUCCGGACAACUUAUCCCCAGAUGAGCUGGAGAUGAAGCACAGACUCGAGCCUUUGUUGAACCAGUCUACCGUCAUGCUGUUUAUGAAGGGCAACCCGGGUAACCCGAAGUGCGGGUUCAGCCGGAAGGCAGUGGCGGUUCUGGACGAGUAUUGCGGAAGAACCGGGUACAACACCUUCGACAUUUUGACCGACGAGUGGGUCAGGCAAAAGUUGAAGGAGUACAGCAAUUGGCCGACCUAUCCGCAGCUCUACAUCAAGGGGGAACUCAUCGGCGGUUUGGACAUUAUCAACGAAGCCGUGCGAGACGGCUCGCUGGAGGAAGCGAUUUUGGAGGCGCGGAGUGGGGCAUGA